AUGUUUACCUUCGGGCCCGGUAGUCCCGAAGGGGAUGGGACGGCCGCAACGGGGGAUGAGGAGCCGGCACCCCGUGCGGGGCAGGUGGCAGCCACCGGGCCGCUCCCCUCCCCGCCCGCGCCGCCGCAGCCCGGGGCUGACGCAGCCCCUCCCCCGUCGCCCUCCCGGAGCCCUCGCCGCCCCGGAGCACCUUCGCUGCCCCUGCCCGCGCGCGCUGGGGAGCUCGGUCCGCCUGGAGCUCUAGACUCCUCAGCUGCUUCCGCCCAGGGAGAGCUGUCACCACCCUCCCCGCCGCGCCGGCGACCCGGGCCAGACUGCGGGGCCGGGAGCCGGGGCCGCCACGGCCUCGGCGCCGGCCUUGGUGGCCCCGGAGCCCGGCUGUUCGGGUGGCUGAGAGAGCGCAGCCUGGGCCGCGGACUGUUCGUGGACCCGGCGCGGGACAAUUUCCGCACCAUGACUAACCUCUAUGGUUCCAUCCAUCCCGCGGACUCGGUGUACCUCAGCACCCGCACCCACGGCGCGGUCUUCAACCUCGAGUACUCGCCCGACGGGUCGGUGCUGACUGUUGCUUGUGAACAGACCGAAGUUCUGCUUUUUGACCCUAUAUCUUCAAAGCACAUAAAAACACUUUCUGAAGCUCAUGAAGACUGUGUAAAUAAUAUCAGAUUUCUUGAUAACCGGCUGUUUGCUACCUGCUCUGAUGACACUACAAUAGCACUAUGGGAUCUGAGAAAACUGAACACCAAAGUAUGCACUUUACAUGGUCACACUAGCUGGGUGAAGAACAUCGAAUAUGAUACUAAUACAAGACUCUUAGUAACAUCAGGAUUUGAUGGAAAUGUCAUUAUUUGGGACACCAACAGGUGUACAGAAGAUGGGUGUCCACAUAAGAAAUUCUUUCACACACGUUUUCUCAUGCGAAUGAGAUUAACUCCAGAUUGUUCCAAAAUGUUGAUCUCAACGUCCUCUGGAUAUCUCUUGAUUUUGCAUGAUCUUGACUUAACUAAGUCUUUAGAAGUAGGCAGCUAUCCCAUUUUGAGAGCAAGAAGAACUACAUCAAGUUCAGAUCUGACUACUUCAUCAAGUUCUUCUGGUCCUCGAGUUUCUAGUUCACCUUGUCAUCAUAGUGAUUCUAAUUCAUCUUCUGAGAAACACAUGUCACGAGCCUCACAAAGAGAAGGAGUUUCACCACGAAAUAGUCUUGAAGUCUUAACCCCUGAAGUUCCUGGUGAGAGAGACCGUGGAAACUGCAUCACGUCCUUACAGCUGCACCCAAAGGGCUGGGCCACUCUCCUUCGGUGCUCAAGCAACACUGAUGAUCAGGAGUGGACUUGUGUCUAUGAAUUCCAAGAAGGAGCUCCUGUGCGACCUGUCUCACCCCGCUGUUCUCUACGACUAACUCAUUACAUUGAAGAAGCCAAUGUAGGCAGGGGUUAUAUCAAAGAACUUUGCUUCAGCCCUGAUGGGCGAAUGGUCUCUUCCCCACAUGGCUACGGGAUUCGCUUGUUGGGAUUUGACAAACAGUGCAGUGAACUUAUAGACUGUUUGCCCAAAGAAGCCAGUCCCCUGCGGGUGAUCCGUUCUCUGUACUCUCAUAAUGACGUGGUACUGACCACGAAGUUCUCUCCAACACAUUGUCAGAUUGCCUCAGGGUGCCUUAGCGGACGGGUUUCUUUGUAUCAGCCAAAGUUUUAGGCACAACUUACAUCAAAUAAGGAACUCUUCUGGUGUUUGACUCACAAAUUACUUCAAUUUAGGUGAAGUAUCUCCUUUUUAGAAGAUCUUAAAAGUUUGGGUCAAGAUGCCGGUUAUUAUGGGUCCACGAACACACCUGUGACCUGAGGACUUGGCUGUCCGGUAUCGUAGGGGCCUCGCCAAGUUAGACUCUACGCAGCAGCAGCUUUUGCCGCAUUCCUCUGCUCCUGUGCCACCUAAACUUCAGUUCUUCUGGUUAUUUUGCAUGGUAGCUCUUGUCAAAUUUCUUCAUUUCUUUCCUUGUUUUUUUUAUUUCGGUGUGAAUUUCGUGGGUGUCUGGCAGGAGUUAUGGCGGGGUUAGGAGAAACCCGUGACGCUAUAUUGAAUAAACCCAGAAGUCCCAUGUCAGCAUACUGGUCAUUAAAAAAGAAAUUCCAUCUUAUCAGUAUACUUGGCCUUUUAAAGUUGCUGUUAUGUUUCUCUAUAAUGAGCACAGAUAAUGGCAUUAUUCUCGUAACUGUUAGUCUUACAACAAAAAUGUCUUUUGAGUUUCCUGUUAAAAUUAUACAUAUUUUUUCACCGUGAAGGGAAUUUUGUUGUAAAACUCUAGAAAAAAUAACUGCCACCUCUCUUUGUAAUUUACUUGUAUGAAUUUAAAAAUCUCUAGCAUGUGUCCUUACUUGGUAUUUUGUUCCUCUCAACAGCAUUUAGAAAGGAAAACAGGAGAAGGAGUGGGCUUUGGUCAUUUCUGUUGUAUACAGGAGGAUUCAUUGAGUUAGUACACUAUCUGGUCAGAGAGAGGAGAACCACGUGGCUUAGAAUUUGUUUUCUCUGCCAGACUAUUUGACUCACACAGGGUGACUUGUUAUGGUAUUAGGGUGGAGGGGAGAUUGAGAGGAAAGAGGUGGUAUUUUCUUCAUCUUUACUCCUUGAGCCAGGGGGCACAAGCUUGACCCUUAGCAUUAGGGAGGGGUGAGCUGCAGUCCUCUGCAAGCUGUGACCAAACUACAAUAGUCAGUGACUUGGAUAUCAGGACAAAGAGCUGACGUGAAGACCUCUUACAUUCUGUUAUGGAACACAGCAAGCUGGGGCAGUCACAGGGCUGACUGGCCUGCUGAAGUCAGCAGCUUUCUUCUCGUCUCCACUUGGAAUGAUAUUAUAUUUAGAAAGGAUCCACCAGAGGCUCGAAUCAUUUAAGCCACAUGUUAGCUCGUUCCCUCUCAGAUCAUAUUCUCUUAGGCCAGUGGUUCUCAGAUAAUAGGGUGCGUUACAGUUAUUGAAUCAGAACCUCAUCUUAAGAGGUUCUGAUUCAGUCAGGGAGAUGACAGGAAUCUGUUUUUUUGGUUUUUUGUUUUUAGGAAUCUGGUUUUAAUAGGAACCUCUAGUAACCUUAUUCAGGUGGUUCCUAGAUCAGAGUUUGAAAAACACUACCUUAAACAUCAGUAAGUACUUCCGUACCUUUCAGGUGGUUAACUCCCAGAAGGUGUUUUAAUUAUUUAAAAAAAAAUAGUAAGUAAAUGAAAUCCAUUUUAGAGGUAGAAAAUGUAAUCAAUCUCAUCAUCAAAUGAAUGAGAAAAGUUAAGUGACUUGCCUAAAGUUGUCUUACAAAAUUAGUGGCAGAGCCAGAACUUUAAUUCAAGUCUCCUAAUUCCUUGCUCAGGGCAAUUUCUACUGUAUUGUGCUGGCUGUUAAAACAAUGAUUUAUGAACACUUUA